GGGCCAACAGUGGUCAUGGAACUACAACACACAGCAAUAAACCCCCCAAAACACCUGCACCAAUAUAUCGACAUGCUGCCCCGUCUGGACCUUGGCCAUGGAUGGACCUCGAGUCGGAGACCGCUUUAGAGACGGAACCUGUUUCCCCAUCAAGGCAGUCAGUGGAACCUCCGGAGUGGAGGGGAUAUCCUCAAAGCUUGUUUGGAAACUGGGUCGCCGAUCGAGUUUCACGGUGUAAGAUGGUCGAAAAUUGCUCCAAGGAAUCUCGAGAGAAAUGCAGGAUCUAUUAUGUCGAUGUGCUUGACACUGGAAAAUUCAAGUCGGCUAAGGAUACCGAUCCACCUAUUGAUGUCGAUGAACGCGCUUUAAGUGAACUUUGGGAUCAGUUGCAGACCGAGCCGACGGGUCUUCGUCUCAGGGUGUUGCUCGUCGACAAUAUGAAACACCCCGUACUUCAGAUGCUAGGAACAAGGUACAACAUAGAACCAUUCUUUUUCACAUCCUCAUCAAACUGGAUUCCUUCUCGAUACCAAGAAGAAGUUAACAAGCAAAAAGGAGAUCACAUUACGGUUACGCUUUUGUUCGUACGCACGGCACCAUGGGAAAAGACAGCAGCGUCCUCGCAGAACAAGCACAUUUCCGACGGUGAGGGAGCUAUAGACACACAGGAGUCAUUACCUCUUCGCUCUGUCGUCUCGUCAGUGGAAAAGUAUCUUCUUCAAGACCUUCUCGCUCUGCAUAUGAUAAGGUCAUCUGAGCCUAGUGGCAGUACUAUCAUAUCUUACCACCCAAGUGCUCAUUGGAAAAGGACGACCGCUGAGCAAUUGAAACGUCUAGUUCACAAAGUGGGAGAGAGCGUAUAUUGGCAGAAGAUAUUCGAACAGUCCAAAGAUCCAACAUUUGUCUUCUUGGCCAUCCUUUGGUAUGCACUUUACGCCUGGGACGAAUCCUUGGACCAUCUGUACACCCACAUCAACUGGCUGGAAACAAACGUGCUAUUGACAAAUGAUAGCCACCUCACGACUGAGUUGCACACAAUCCAGGCUCAACUCUUCCAUUAUACUUCACUUCUCGAGGAUUUCCGAAAAUCUGUGAAUUUUGUUAGGAGCACCCCGAGUCCUGUUCUGGAGUCCCACGAAUUCACCGAGCAGGCAAGAAGUGACACGCAUAAACUGAUGCAGAAGGAAUGCGACAAUCUACUUUCGGAAAUUGACAGGCUGGGCUUUCAGUUGAAAAACAUCAUAGACCUGGUUUAUUUCAUUUCUAUCCUAGAUUCGACGAUCGUUAAUUUCAAUGUCCAGGCUAAAGCGACUGUGAACUUUGUUGAUAGUCGACGGAUGCAAGAACUGACGAAAGCAACAGUCCGUGAUUCAGCCGCUAUGAAACAGAUUUCCUACCUGACAAUGAUUUUCCUCCCUGCCAGCUUCAUUGCGUCGGUGUUUGGAAUGAAUGUCAGGGAAAUUAUCGGCGGUGCCACGGAAACCAUCGGCCAUUACGCGAUAGUUUCUGUUGCAUUUACCGUGGUCACUGCAUGGCUCGUAGUCGCAUUCCAAACUCACUCGCCGUUCCACGAGCAAGGGACUGGAUUUUGGCGACGGCUCGCGUGGCCGUUUUUAUAUGUCACGAGACCUACAGGCCUCCGACAGUCGCUCAGAAGUCAGCCCAUUGGAGAUAUGUAGGCAGACUCUCUAAAUCAGACACCUUUCUUCAUCUAUAUCAGCUCGCACAGAAUAAUGACUUAACGAUCAUGAGACGAACCGCAUCGUUUUUAGAUGUAGACUUGUUGCUUUCUUUCACGACUUGUACUGACUCAUUGCUUACAUGUUAUUACAUAUUAGUAAUAAGCACGAUGCCGAUUAGCAACCGGCUGUUAUUAGUUAACGAAGCAUUUCCUUUGAC